AUGGCCUGGUCUCUUAUCCAUUCGGCCUGGAUGCAUUACCUUUUGGCCAUCUUCAACGCCCACGACUGGACCAUGCAGUAUGUUACAGACUUCAGCGCCGAUAUAUUCUCGCUGCUCAACAGCAUCAUCUACUUCCACAAGGCCGCCAUGGAGCUCAAGCGGACGCACGAGCAGAUGCCGCUGGACUCGUUUCUCUACGCCAUGAUUGGCGCUGUUGGGACGUGUUUGGUUGCUAUACUCCUGUCCACGGCUACAAAGUGGAAGCCCCUUUUUGGGCGUGUCAUCCGGAUGGGAUUGUCUGAGUAUGCAGCUGCGAUAUCGAUUAUUCUGUUUGUUGGGAUUCCGUAUAUUGGAGACCUGGCCGACUUGGAUCAUGGCCGGCUUGCGGUGCAGACUUCUUUCCGGCCGACGAAUCCAGAGCGCGAGGUGUUUUUUGUGAGGUUCUGGGAGCUGCCUGUGGAGUGGGUGUUUAUCUCGAUCAUCCCAGGGGCGAUCAUCACGAUACUUUUCUAUUUUGACCAUGAGAUCAGCAGCAUCAUCUGCACUGUCGACCGGUACGGGGUGAAGAAACCUGGAGGAUAUGCUUGGGAUAUUGCCUUGCUGGGCACGACAACGGCCUUGUGUGGGAUAUUGGGUAUCCCGCCGGCCAACGGGCUGUUGCCACAGGCACCACUUCAUUCAGAAUCCCUGCGGCAUUGGGUAGUUGAUGAGGAUCAAGUUGUUCCGGCCCCCGAAGAAGAAGAAGGAAGCGGCGCCCAUACGAACCUUGUUCCCAGGGUCUACGAACAGCGAUACUCCCACUUCCUGCAAGCAGCCAUGAUAAUGGUGUUUGUCAGCCCGCCUUUCCAGCGAGUCUUGGGUCUGACACCGACUUUCGGUGUUGGCGGGAUUGUUCAUGUUUAUGGGUUAUCAGUCCCUCAGUGUGAACCCUAUGCUGACGAGAUUUUGGUCACGGUGGGGAUCUUUGCCGUGACGCUUACGGUUGCGGCGCCGGGGUUUCCGCUGUUGAUCAUCAUCUUGGUGCCGGUGAGGUUGUGUGUGAUGAAUCGGGUUUGGGGGAGGGAGACGUUGAGGUUUGUAGAUGGCUGGGCCUGUCGGGAGGGGAAGCCGGAGGAUGAUGAGAUGGUGGGAGGGGAUGAGGGGUUUGUGGCCGGGGGAAGAGACGUGGAGGAUGGAGGGGAGAGGUCCAAGAGUCAAUGA